GGAGAGAAAAACCUCCUCGGAGCUUCCAUGGGCAGUUAUGGUGGGAGCCUCGAUAGUAGGGUUGCACACCCAAGAGACUGAGGGACUACACAGUGUAAAAUGCAAAAUCGUCUUUCAUUCGCGUUGCUACUGCGGUGGCAUCGACCGCGCCAAUUGAUACCGUGUCCCCAGUGAAAAUUAAUACCACACGAGUCACUAAGCCGCCCGGUUAUUCGACGUAUCAACCACUCAUUUCGUAUUACCCUUCUUCGUGAGAAAUGACUACUCAAAAAAUCAAUGGAGUUGAAAAGAUCCCGACAAACGAUUGCCCAAUCGUCGAGAAGACAGUGAAAUCAGGAUCGUCUGAUCUUGCUCGGAUCGAAAUAAAAACGCAGCAUCCUUUGGACCUUUUCAAAGAGUGGCACGAGGAGGCCAAAAAAUAUUCGAACGGAAUACCAAAUGCGCUGUGCCUUGCCACCGUUUCCAAGGAUCUCAGAGUCAGUGCUCGCCACGUGAUUCUUCGUGACUACGACGAGCGUGGUUUUGUGAUCGUAACGGACAGCCGAAGUCGAAAAUCCCACGAAUUGGAAGAAGUACCAAAAGCAGCAAUGUGCAUUCUUUGGGCCUACCCCAACGAGAAGCAUCAAAAUAUAUCGAGACAGGUGAGAAUUGAGGGAAAUGUCGAAAAGCUGUCCCCCCCAGAAUUCCGGUAUCUCUACGACCGUGAGCCAGUCUACUGCAAAAUCAGAUCCUACCUCUGUUGUCAGGGUGAAAAAGUGGAUUGGAAUAAUCAGAAAAACAUUCAUGAUAAACUGGUGCAAGACGUCCAGGACGGAAAGCAAGAUUUGUCGAUGCCAGAACAUUUCAUCGCGUACAGACUCUGCCCAGAAAGCAUGGAAUUUUACUUCGCCUACGAUCACCUCAUAGCCGAUCGUCUUCUUUUCACGAAGGCAUCUGACGACUCAUCGUGGACGAAUCUCAGGAUCGCAGCAUGAAAAAUGAACGAUCGUUUUCCGCAUUGUUACGUGCUCCCAAUUGUUUUCUCUCUCGUUUCUUUCAAUUGUUUUAACAUCGUUUCUGACGUUCGUUACUUUGUUAGGAAAUCAACCAGGGAAAGUGCCCUUCCAAAGAAUUUUCUCUGGUGUCUGUGUGUUCACUUUAUUAAGUAUAGUUUUAGUAUUUUUGAUGUACAGUUGAAAUAAUAAUCCAUUGCAAUCCCUAA